GGGGAAGGCGGGUGGGGGGUCACGUGGGGUGCGGGCAGCGAGACUCUGGGCCCCGGGCGCCCCUCGGUUGGCAGCUCCCGCUCGUCGGCAACAUGGUUUCCGUCUAGUGCAUUGCCACCAAGUGCGCCUUCGCCAGGUGCCUCUGGACGCGCCAGGCUGGGGUUACCUCCGAGCGCCCCGUGGGGGCCAUGGAUGGCGAGACAGCAGGGGAGAAGGGGAGUCUUGGACCCCCACCAGGUGCACUCGGUGGGCCCGCCUUGGGCGGUGCUCCGGCCCCAGGUGUACGAGGAGAGCCCAAGAAGUACGCGGUGACUGAUGACUACCAGUUGUCCAAGCAGGUGCUGGGUCUGGGUGUGAACGGCAAGGUGCUGGAGUGUUACCAUCGGCGCACUGGGCAGAAGUGUGCCUUGAAGCUCCUGUACGACAGCCCCAAGGCCCGGCAGGAGGUGGACCACCACUGGCAGGCCUCAGGCGGCCCCCACAUCGUGCGCAUCCUGGAUGUAUAUGAGAACAUGCAUCACGGGAAGCGCUGCCUCCUCAUCGUCAUGGAAUGCAUGGAAGGUGGCGAGUUGUUCAGCAGGAUUCAGGAGCGCGGUGACCAGGCUUUCACUGAAAGAGAGGCUGCAGGGAUAAUGCGGGACAUUGGCACUGCCAUCCAGUUCUUGCACAGCCAGAACAUCGCCCACCGAGAUGUGAAGCCUGAAAACCUACUCUAUACAUCCAAGGAGAAGGAUGCUGUGCUUAAGCUCACCGAUUUUGGCUUUGCCAAGGAAACCACCCAAAAUGCCCUGCAGACACCCUGUUACACUCCCUAUUAUGUGGCUCCUGAAGUCCUGGGUCCAGAGAAGUAUGACAAGUCAUGUGAUAUGUGGUCCCUGGGCGUCAUCAUGUACAUCCUUUUGUGUGGAUUCCCACCCUUCUACUCCAACACUGGCCAGGCCAUCUCUCCAGGGAUGAAGAGAAGGAUUCGCUUGGGCCAAUAUGGCUUCCCCAAACCUGAGUGGUCAGAAGUCUCCGAGGAUGCCAAGCAGCUAAUCCGCCUGCUCCUGAAGACAGACCCCACAGAGAGGCUGACUAUCAUGCAGUUUAUGAGUCAUCCUUGGAUCAAUCAAUCAAUGGUGGUCCCACAGACCCCACUCCACACAGCCCGAGUUCUACAGGAAGACAAAGACCAUUGGGAUGAUGUCAAGGAGGAGAUGACCAGUGCCCUGGCCACCAUGCGAGUAGACUAUGACCAGGUGAAGAUCAAGGACCUGAAGACCUCUAACAACCGGCUCCUCAAUAAGCGGAGGAAAAAGCAGGCGGGCAGCUCCUCAGCCUCCCAAGGCUGCAACAACCAGUAACUCAUGGAGGAGCCAGUGUGACAAACUGCAAUGUCCCGUCCCAAGGCUCUGGCCAGGAAGGGCCGGAGUCACUCUUCUAACAAAGGACAAUUUUGUUGUUUUGAAAUGCGUCACAUUGGACUUGAGGAUGAAGAGUUUGGCCCAAGAGUCCUAGCCAAAGUCUCAGCCUUCAGAAAGCUGUGGGGCCUCAGGGAUGGGGAACCCUCUGCUACAACUGAAGCAGUUUGGACACCGUGGCUUGCUUGACGGAGGCCACGGUUAUGUUCUGCCUUAGGGCGCAGCCUUACUUCCAGGCCACUGGGAGUUGUGGCAAACCUACCCUUUUUCUGCAAAGAUGUAUCCUGCUGUGUGGACAGAUGGGUCUGGCCUUGAGAAAGGUAUCAGGCCAUUGGUUGCUAUGGUGACCAGAGGCCAUGUUGCUGUCUGUGAAUACUGAACAAAGGAAGAAGGAGGGACAAUCAAGAGGAUCUACCUUCUUGGGGAGGUUUGUCUCUCUCACACUGGCUGCUCUUCCCCAGGCUUACUUCUCUUUGGUCUGCCAGAGGCUGCAGAGUCCAGCCUGCUUACUUCCCUGGGUGGUCCAGCCUUGUGCCUUACUGUAGCACCAGCCCAUAUAACAUUCAGAGAGAUGACCGCUCCCUGGGGCCAAGCAUCCUUUCACUACCCCCUUUAUCCAAAAGGUAACGUCUCAUCUCAAUUGAAGGUGUGGGUAUGUGUGUUGGGGGCAGGUAUCCUUAACCUUUUUCCAUUUUGGAAAACUUCACUGUGACAAAAGCCCCUGUCUCUUCCUGCUCACCAGAUCUCAGGUAGGAUAACCCCUCUCUGCUGACAGCAAGGGCUACCUUUCUAGGGUAUACUUUUGUAAAGGGGAGAGUUUGGCUCCCUGUUAUCCAAGACCUCUUUCUCUACUCUGAUCAGGCCUGAAUGGUGAAGGGCUGCCAAGCCAUGCUGACAAGGUCUGGUCUUGGCUUUAGCCUGAGUUAGAGCAGAGAUGGUCAGUCUUCUCGGCUGACCCUAGAUUUAGCCAGCUCUGCCCUGCUCUGCCCGGCCCUCCUCUGUCUAGGGUAGCGUCCAGGUGCUGCCUGGGAAACCUUAGAUCUUAUCAGUUAGAACAAUGCUGCUGGGUUUUUUCAUCCAGAUAUUAAUAAACACCAUUUAAACACUU